UCUUCCGCCGUCUCGGAACUAAGGUGCCGUGACCUCAAUAUCUGGCCGGAAGGCAGCGCAGAGAGAUGGCGGCCGCGGCAGGCCGAGCUGGUCUGGGGCACGUAGCAGCCUGGAAGAUGCUGGGGAAAAGAAUGGAGAGGAUGGCGCCCGCAGUGUGGGUUCGUUGCCUUUUUACGAGGUCGAGAAUUCCGGACUCGGUAUUUCAGCCACGUCCUGAAGACCAUGAGAAGUAUGGAGGUGACCCUGAGCAGCCCCACAAAAUCCAUGUUAUUACUAGAAUAAAAAGUGUAAUUGGUCGCCCAUAUUGGGAAAAGAAGAUAAUACAUGAUCUUGGAUUGGAUAAAGCACAUCAGCCAGUACUGCACAAAAAUAUUCCAUCUGUGAAUUCCAAACUGAAGGUUGUUAAACAUCUGAUAAGAAUACAGCCACUGAAACUACCUUACGGAUUACCUACAGAAGAAGAAAUGUCAGACACUUUUCUUACAAGCAAGGGAGAGCUUGUCAUUAAACGGCGUCUGAAACCUGUGGAGCAGGAGAAAAUUCAGUCAUAAUUGUGCUGGUUGGAUUUGUAUUGUAUAAAAUAAAUAAUUUAAAUCCUGAGUUAAGACUUUGUGUAUGAAAUGGAAGCGUGAUUCUUCCCUGUCUUGUUAAAAAAUGGUAGAGGUGGCACUGAUGCUGAAAAGAUUACACAUGUACAAAGUUCAAUGUUAGUACUACCUUGAAAUAUUCAAUGAAUGCUAGGCUUUCUGUCCUCAUGUUUUAAUUUUGUGGCUAGAUUGAUGCAGUUUGUGGCUAGCUAGUAGAAAACUUUAAAGUCAGACAAGGAGAAAAGUAAGUAGACUACGUCUAAUGAUGGUGAGGACAUUUCCUAGUUGACAGUAAAGGGUUACAAUUAUGGAGCAUGACUUCACCUCUACCACAUCAGGGAAUGAUCUGGAAUUGAAGGGCCCCCUGUUUACCAGUUACAUGAGAAUCAAUUGUCUCUCUGUCAGGAGUGUCAUUUGAUUGAGGGUGGUGGUUGAGUGACUUAACCUUGGUUAUCCAAAUCUCACACUUGUUCCUUAGCAGUCUGUCAUCUUGCCUCCAUAGCUUACAAAAUACCUGAACGUUUCAUUUGGGAGGCACAGAAGGAGUAAUUGAUGUCUUGGUAGGUUGUAUAAUUUGUCAUGCAGGAAACAUGCUAUCUCACUUCAUAUGCAUUUCUUGAUACUUAGUGUUUAAUAAUAAUAGCUGAAAAGCUGCAGUGUAUGGAUGUUUAUGCUUUUACUGUUCUAAAA